AUGUUUAUCGCUCUAAUCGAUAUGAAUGUCAAGGGGAAAGACGAGAAGUCGCCUCCGAAUUGUGAAAAAUCCAAGGAAAAGGAAGCAGAGCUGACCAGCCCUGGAGCAUUGUUAAACAAAUUAGAGGAGUAUGUUUCAGAUGCCAUCGAUAACAAAAGGAACAUUGAUAGGAAGGUUCUUGAUGCAUUAUUAGGAGCGAUAAACGUUCAAGUACAGAAGGAGCCAUUAAGUGUGCGAAAGCUCAUACUUGACAAACAACUUGUGUUACCUAAUACCAUAUCCUUCCCUCCAAGCUUGACCGUUGACAUGCUGAUAGAACAUGAUCCGGACCACCCGCUUUCCAAGGUUAUAACGCGGAUGUUUGGAGAGGAGCGACCGAAGCUAAAUGAAGCUGAAAAGAAGGAGCGACAAAAUUUAAAGCUCCACAAUAAUGCUCCCCAUAUGACGAAAUUGCUUCUUGACAUUGGCCAAGACCUUGUACAAGAGUCAACCUAUUGUGACAUAGUGCAUGCACGGAAUCUUCCGGAAACUCCGAAGAAUAUAGAAACAUAUAAACAG